CUGUGUCUCUUCUGCUUCUUCAUUGUUUUUAUUAUCGUUCGUGUCACACUUAGGAAUUUAUAGGUUUACACUAUUCUUAUCCAAACUGAACGGCAUCCUGUGAUGCUUUUCCAAAAUAUGCUCCAAAUAUUUAUCUGAGUUGAGAAUAAUGCAAACAUGACUACCAAUCAGCCCAAACUUGCUGAGGAAAAUGGAACUCAUGUGAAUUCCUGUUGGCCUAAAGAUACGAUAUGUCAACUAUGUAACUUAUCCAAAAUCGGUAGCAAUCAAGUCCGACCAAAUAGCUUGCGAGGAUGCAAAUGCAACGAGUUGUCAUCAUAUUACAAAUUGCCAGAUCCAUCCAGAUGUGUCCAAUCUCCUAUACUUGAUCCCGAUCCUCCGAAGGCAAACUUGGAUGCCUACGUGGUAGCAUCCUGUCAUCCGCAGCUUUCAAAAAUAAACAAUACCGAGACACCAGGCUCCCCUAAAGUGGAUAUGUGCUCUCAGGAGGAAACAGUUCCAAAGGAAGUCACUUUCGAACCACCGCAAGGAAUGGAUGCCGAUUCUGGCGUUGGAAAACAUAUUUAAGAUACAAACCCGAUGAAACGGGGAAAGAUUUUCGGUACAAGAUGCAAACGGGGCCAAAGUACGAUAGCAAAGGACGUUUACCAAUUACAGGAGAGGAGUUGCAGAUAUACCGAAAUUUUCAAAAAAUAAAGUUAAAAUCAACAACUAAUGUGAAGCAUACGUUGAGAAACGGUAGCGGAAAACAGGAAAAAUGAGCCCUGCGAACUGAUUUCAAAGCAGUCUUACACAAAUUCAUAUCUCCAUUGAUUUGGAAAAAUGGAAGUUUGAGCCUAAUGAUAA